AUGCACGCUCCGUUCCAACUCCUGGUCUGUUUGUUCACCGCUCGGCUGGCUUGGUCCUACCAACCUCCCUCUGUGACCUGGACGAAUCUACUCUCCGAGAAGGACGCCACUACUUACGUCAACUCGAUGCCGAUCGGCAACGGUGGUUUAGCCGCCAAUGUCUUUGUAGACAACAAAGACGAACGGGAGCCGGUCGUGGGAAUACUCAUAUCCGACCAGCGUGCUUGGAAUGAAGCCGGAGAGAUCAUGAAAGUCGGCGAGGUCACAUAUCACUUCUCGCCUAGCCCUUGGACUUCGGGAUCCAAAACCACCUUGAAACAG